UAUCCCCUUCUUGUAACUUAUAAGAAGAAAUCAACUUCUCUAUUCAGACUCAGCUGUACUCUCCAUCCAGCAUUAUGUCUGUAGAAAUGUCUGUGUUAUUACUCUUGUUGGUCAGUGUCUUCAUAAAUGUGGGACAUUCAUCCAGACCUGUUGUGACCUUUACUCCAAACUCAAAGAAGAUCUUCACUACUGAAGCCAUAUCAAUGACUUGUGAUGCGGGCCCUAAUGCACAAGAAGAUCAGAAAUACGACUGGUUCAGGACUGGGACACACGUACACAGUGGUAAAACAUAUGCAAUAACAUCUGCUGAAUCAUCAGACAGUGGAAGUUACCAAUGUUUUUCCCAGCAUGCAAGUGACUCUCUUAGACUGGAUAUCAGUAAUGGUUGGGUCAUCCUACAGGUCCCAAAUCAAGUUUAUGAAGGAGACGACCUGACCCUAAAAUGUCACCAUUUUCCUGGAUACCCUGAAGGACAGACGAUAUUUUACAAAGAUAACAAAGUAAUUCAGAAUUGGAGUUAUAAUGAUCAUUUUCAUAUUGCAAGGCUUGACUUGGAAACGUCUGGAAAGUACAAAUGUAUAAAACAAGUAAAGCAUCACCAAAUAUAUUUCAAACAUGGAGAUGAAGAGUCUAUACUUGUUCGAGAACUCUUCACAACUCCAAUAAUAAAAGUGACUGCCAACCCAGUUUUAAUAAAUAAAACCAUAACGCUAACAUGUGAGACAAGUCUUUAUCCUUCCAGACAGAAUACACAACUGCGAUUUGGUUUCUACAGAGAAGGACAGAUUGUUCAGGGAUUCGAUAACAAUGAUAGCUUUAACAUUUACAAUGUUCAGCUGGAGGAUUUUAGGAAAUAUUCAUGUGAAGUAGAAACUACAGAUGGCAGAGUAAGGAAAAGAAGUGCAGAGCAAAUAAUUCAGAUAGAGCGCUACAUGGAAGAUCAACAAGGUUAAUAAUAGCAAUUUGCAUUCUAGCUUUACCUUAUAGUACGCAGAAUAUUAUCAGAAAAAAUUUUAUAAUAUUCAAUUUUCGUUAUCCAUCAUAUAAAAUGAAUAAUGUCUAUGGAACCAGCAGAUCACUCUAGAUCCUAAUGAACAAUUGGGUGACAAGAUCCAACAGCAUGGACCAUCUAUGUUCAUACAGAUGAGGAUUUAAAGCAAAACAUACAGUAUAUUUGGAGUCCCUGCCAGUCAAUACCCAUGUGAGACUCACCAUGCAUUAUGCUACUGUAGUGCUAUGUAUCAUUGUAUUGUAACAAAAUGAUCAGAUUAUUAUAUUUCUUUGGUCAUCAUUUUGCCAAUGAGUAGAAGCACCAAGGAAAUGAUCUUACCUUUGUAUAUAACCACAAUUGCUGCACAUAUUCUAUUAUUCUGUAUUUCUAUUACUGCCAAUAAAAUAUA